AUGAUCGGGCCAAGCUUGCCGAGUCAUCUGGUGGCUGAAGCCCGUUCCUCUCCGGAUACAACACAGUCUGAUGAUGAAGGUGAUGUACCCGUGAUCGGACCUUCUCUCCCCGCGAACUUCUCUGCUCCUCUCACGACGCCCUCAACGGCCGAAGAUUCUCUUCCAGACGUGAAGGCAUCAUCGUCGGCCCCUCCCCGGCAGACAAACGAUGACUAUGAUGAUGACGAUUGUAUUGGGCCACAGCUUCCGGGUUCGAAUAAGGAGCUCGAAGAACUUUCUUAUUAUGAACGACGUCACAACUUCGAGCAAGAACAAGCCAGUAAGGAUGCCAAGGGAAAGCGAGACGAGUGGAUGCUGAGCCUUCCGGAAAAUACGCACUACGGCUUCGGGGCCAAAACGUUUUCUAAGCGUGGUAUUGCGAAAGUCUCUGACGAUUGGCUAGAGACUCCUGAAGACAAGCGUCGGAAGGAGGAACGCGGGGAGGUUGCUACGCCCUUGGUCAAGCCGAAGUCUGCUCAAGAUUUAGCACAGGAGGAGAUUGUCCGUCAAAUGAAUGUUGUUCGGGGAGAGUCAUUGAUUGUGCAACAUUCGAAAAAGGCCGGAGGUUCCGCAGCUGGUUCUGUAGUGUCAGGACCUGGCGGCCGGAAGGAAUGGGAUCGAGAAACCGAGAUGAAGGUUGUUGGCCUCAAAGAUCUUUCGGCUGCUGAACUGAAGGAGCAUGCUGCGGGCUUGGGAACGCGGUUCGGCCACGGGACGGAGAAGAAAUAUCUU